UAUUCAUAGCCUCCGCACCUGGCAGUUCUUUGGUUGAUUUCUUUUCGCCUCCAAAGUCAAGCACUUGUCCAUUCCCAGAAAAUGUCCAAAUCGGGAAAGUCUUGACAGAUGCUCGACAUCUGAUUGGUCAGCUCCAACAACACUUGGACGUUGGGCAAGCACGGCCAACCGCCCUGAGCCGCCCGUGACCGAUGCAUAACUUGGGCUCUUGCCCUCAUGAUUAUCUCAUCAUGGCGUCUCUCCAAUAACCCCAAGGUCAUAUUUUUCCCACCGUGACGCACAUUGCCCGCCAAGACAUCCACGACAGCAAACGGAUGCAACUGUCACUGCACUCACGACAUACGAACCCUAAUACGAACCCUACAAAAGCACUGCAUUUCCCACUGUCCGGCACUCUACGACCUUCGCCCCUCAUCAACUCGACUCCUCCUCAUCUUGUUUUACCUCGAAUCAAACAAGCGCAAACAACACCAAAUCACCGACCAUGACGCGCCCCAGGAAAUCGCCCAUCCUCCUCCUCGAUGGCACCGGCGUGGUCCCCUCCCGCAUCGCCCACCGACUCUUCUUCUCGUCCUCGUCCGACAAGCACCCCUUGCUGAUUGCCUCCACCCCCGGGACGGACCCCAACGGCGUGAAAUUCGACCUUUACGAUCCCACCACCUGGGAGAACCCUUUCGUUCGUGCUCAGGAGCUAUUUGGCAGAGGCUCGGAAAUGGAGAGCGAGGGCAUGAAGGUCAAGUGCGGGUCGGAAGGAGACACGAACGAAACACCUACAGAGAUGGACACAGCCGCAGAUACCACUACUCCCCUGCAACAAUUCGCCGCCGCAAGCAGCCCAUCUACCUCGAGAAAACAAGCCCACCAUACCAAGGGAACCCCAGUCAUGAUCCACUCCAUCUACCUCACAGCUCCCAACAGCCCCCCUUCCAACGCCCACGUCCAUUCGCACGCCUCCCGCACCGCCUCCCUCGCCGCCUCAGACGAGCAACAAAGAGCCCCCUCCCCUUCACCCUCCCAACAAGCAUCCCUCCUCAUGCAAUUCGUGGACUAUGCCCGCCUAAAGCACGGCACACGCCGCUUCGUCCUGCAGUCCUCUAGCGCUAUGGAACCCGGCGGCUUUUCAUUGGGGCGAGUGCACGCGCACCUGCGGGAGCUGGGCCAAAGGGGAGAGGCCGAGUGGGCAGUGCUGAGACCGACUUGGUGCCAGCAGGACUUUGAGCAGCCGUGCCAUGUCAGGAGUAUCAAGGAGGAGGGUAAGUUGUACUCGGCGACUGGCGGGGGGAAGAUUCCAUGGGUGUCGGCGGAUGAUAUCGCGGCUGUGGCGGUGCAGGCGUUGACGAGGGAGGAUGCCCCGAAUACCGAGUAUUUGAUUCUAGGACCCGAAUUGUUGGGGUAUGAUGAUAUCGCAAACACCCUCUCCUCCGUUCUCGGUCGCAAGAUUGUCCAUGUCGACCUCAGCAGUCACGCCCUUGAGCACCGCCAUCAGUCGUUUGGCUGUUCAGAAGAGCACUCGCGCUUGAUGAGCUCAUUGGAUACGGCAAUCAAGUACGGGACGGAAAAUAGGACGAAUGAUGUAGUUCUUAGUAUGACUGGGAGCACGCCGAAGAGUUUCCGUCAGUAUGCUGAGAGUAUGAAGGAGAUUUGGGUUUAGGUUGAUGAAGGUACACAGCAUGGAAGAGGGGAUAUUCAGGGGUGAAUACGGCACGGCUCCCUUCCUAUGUCUUCUUGGCCGUUCUACAACAGUAUGUUGCUCACAAGGGAUGGGGAAGUUUGUUUGCGAAUCAUACGUCAAGGGAAUGGCAGAUUGAACUUCGUGAACUCUAAUAUUCGACCCUAUUAACCAAUCCUUUAUGUCCUAAAUCCAUACUUCCCCAACCAUGCGCCUUAACAAUCAUUCCCCGGCCGUGUCUCCCCAUGUUUCUCUUGACCCACUCUUCGUU